UCACACACAAAUAAAAAUGGUGGUUCGAUAGUUAUUUCUUCGAAGAAAAUUAUUGUAAAUUGAAAUAAGUUUUAAUAUCAAUAGUUUUUCAAGAGAAAUAGAUAACAUUUUCAGCCACAGCGCGAGUGUAAAAAUAGUAUUGGUGCGGUUACGUGGUUCGCUAGCGAGAGUUAUGUUUGACAAAUAACAGGUUGUUGGAGACACCGAUUUCGCUGCAGUUUUGUAUAGUUUAUGUGUUAUUUUUACAUAUAAUGAUUUUGUUUACUAGUUAUUUUCAUGUACACACCAAAGUGCAUAUGUAAAGUAGGACAGUGAAGGAAGAAACAGCGGGAACUUCAUCAAACGUCUAAGAUAAAGCAAGCUUGGUGACUUCUAUUCAAUCAGCAUGUGACCCAAAUCGGAGAUUUCUCUUCUUUGUAUUUGUUGGAAGGCUCAUAGUUAUACUUUGGAGUACCAAUUGCAUCAAGGAAGACGCUGAUGGCUAUCGUAAACGGUGAAUACCUUGAUAGAUAAUGACAUUUCUUGAGCUUGUCAUGGUUGAGUACAACCUGUGCUUACGGGGGGUCAGGUGCAUAAUGCCCCGUCUCCACAUGUUCUAGUGUGAUACGACAAAGAUAUCAUCCUAUCUGAAAGGGUAUAAAUAGAAAGUAAUGUGAUGAAACAUUUUAGCAGAACAAAUUCAUUGGAAAGUGCAUAAAAUUUACAAGCUGCAAGUAUGUCUGUCUAUACUUCUCAAUGUAUGAUGCAAGUGAAGUUGAAGGCAACUCAAUCAGGCUAAACUAUCAGGAUAUCAGUUUAUGUGAGGAGUAGGACAAUGUCGCAGGAUGGCUCAUGCUGAGAAUCACAGAUACAUUGUGCAGGUGUUUGUGGGCGCACUGUCUGCCCAAUACGAGGCCCUGUCUGUUGAGGCCUCGAAGCAGACCAGUUCCGAUGAAAUAGUGUGCUGCAUCGCUGACAAACUCAACCUUAGUGAUGGAAAUGGAGGGCCUUAUGAACUGGCUGAGGUGGUGGGAGACAUGGUCAGCGGGGAGUGCAAGGAGCGGCGCCUGGGGCCCAAUGAGUCCCCCGUGGCCGUCAUGUUGCUCUGGCCCAACAACAACUCUGGCCAAUACUAUAGGUUCUACUUGCGCGAAAAGAUUCCAGACGAGCCAUGGAUGGAAAAUUUCUCGGUGGACCCUCAGCUGAUAAAGGACUACUUCCAGCGGUUUCUUUAUCAGCCGAAGGACCGGGAGUACCCGGAUCUGUGCCAGCUGCCGGAACUCAACGAGCAGACGCUGCUAGACAACCUCCGCGCGAGGUUUGGCGCCGGCUACAUCUACACAUACGUCGGCUCCAUAUUAAUAGCGCUCAACCCGUUCAAGUUCUAUCCGAUAUACAACCCUAAAUAUGUCAAGUUGUACCAGAACAAGAGGAUCGGCUCGAGCCUGCCCCCGCACAUCUUCGCCGUCGCCGACGCGGCGUAUCACUGCAUGCUGCGGGAGAGGACGAACCAAUGCAUCGUGAUCAGCGGCGAGAGCGGCUCCGGCAAGACGGAGAGCACCAACUUCCUGCUUCACCACCUGACGGCGCUCAGUCAGAAGGGCUCGCACGGCAGCGGUGUCGAGCAGACGAUACUAAGUGCCGGGCCAGUGUUAGAAGCGUUCGGAAACGCAAAAACGGCACACAAUAAUAAUUCGAGUCGUUUCGGGAAGUUUAUUCAAGUGAACUAUAAGGAAAAUGGGAUGGUUCAUGGUGCUGUGGUGCAAAAGUAUCUGUUGGAGAAGUCUAGAAUUUGCAGUCAGGGUCGGAACGAGAGGAACUAUCAUGUGUUUUAUUACUUGCUGGCGGGCGCGUCGGAGCAGGAGCGCGAGCAGCUGCACCUGCUGAGCGUGGACAAGUACCAGUACCUGUCGCGCGCCGGCGGUGGGGCCGUGCCCGGCGUCGACGAGCAGUACGAGUUCUCCCGCCUCAAGCAGUCCAUGGAGAUGGUCGGCUUCACCAUGGACAAGCAACGCCGGCUGUUCGCCGUCCUCUCCGCUGUCCUCCUUCUAGGCAAUGUGGAGUUCCAACCACAACGCAAGUCAUACCAUCACGACGAAGCGGUCGGAGUCCGCAACCCUGAGGUGGUGUCGCUAAUCUCGUCUUUAUUGCGAGUGAAACAAGAGACAUUACUCGCUGCACUCACCUCCAAGCGCGCCCGGGCUUCGGGAGAGACGCUUGUUAUUAACUACAGACUGCCUGAGGCCAUAGCGACUCGUGACGCGAUGGCGAAGUGUCUUUACGGCGCGCUGUUCGACUGGAUCGUGAUGCAGGUCAACCACGCUCUGUUGUCUAAGAAGGACACGCUGCGAGAGCACCAGGGACAUAGCAUAGGCGUGCUCGACAUAUUCGGCUUCGAAGACUUCGGCCCGAACAACAGCUUCGAGCAGUUAUGCAUAAACUACGCGAACGAACAUCUGCAGUACUAUUUCAACCAGCACGUGUUUAAAUAUGAGCAAGAGGAGUACAGGCGGGAGGGUAUCCGCUGGACUGACAUCGGGUUCUCAGACAACACGGGGUGUUUACAGCUCAUUGAGGGCAAGCCUGGGGGGCUUCUGUGUGUGCUCGACGACCAGUGCAAUUUCCCGUGGGCGACAAAUGAGACGUUACUUCAGAAGUUCAACUCGGUGCAUGAGGACAAUCCGUUCUACGAGAAACCAUCGCGACGGGAACCCGCGUUCGUAGUGCGACACUACGCCGGCCGGGUCAAAUAUCAGGUGACAGUGAUGCGGGAGAAGAACCUGGACCUGAUGCGGCAGGACAUCGUGAGCGUGUUGAAGAACUCGUCGCUGGCGUUCGUGCGCGAGCUGGUCGGCGUCGACCCCGUCGCCGUGUUCCGCUGGGCCAUCGUGCGGGCCUUCUUUAGGGGCUACUUCGCCUUUCUAGAAGCCGGCAGAAGACACCGCGUGCACCGAGUAGACGGCGCCUCGCGAAUCCCCCGCGCCUCCAUACACUGUCCUAACGACAGCAUUAUAAGCCAACUGGUGACAGUAUCGUCAAUCAAUCUCGCAAUCAACCGCAUUGCAUCGCCGCACAGAGUGGCGAGUAAAGCUCGGGAGACGCCUCGGACAAACGAUAGUAAGCAACGGCCUGAGACGCCUAGCUCGGCACGGUUGGCGGGGAAGGGGGGGAAAAACUACCGCAUCGCCGAGACGCGCACGCGGCGCCUGGAGCGCGAGCGGGACGAGCGCUUCGACGACACCGACGUCAUGCAGCGCGCCAGCCAGAUCGUCAUGAAGAACAAGUCGUUCAGGCCCCGGGAGCGCGCGAAGAAGGGCUUGAAGAACCUGCAGAGCGUGAAGACGUUAGCGGGGCGCACGGCCGCGCCCACCGGCAAGCGGAAACAACCGCUCACUGUCGCCGCGCAGUUCCAACACUCCCUCGCUCAACUUAUGGAGACGCUCAACCAGGCGAAUCCAUUCUUCAUCAGGUGCAUAAAAUCAAACAGCGACAAGAUACCCAAUGUAUUCGAUGAAGAAACAGUCCAGCGUCAGUUACGGUACACUGGAAUGUUGGAGACUGUUCGCAUUCGACAAGCGGGGUACAACGUGCGCCUGACGUACGAAGAGUUCAUACAGUUGUACCGCAUACUACUGCCGAAAGGACUGCUGUCCUCUCAAACAGAUGUUCGACACUUCCUCGCCACACUCAAUUUGGAUAGAGACAACUAUCAGCUCGGUGCAACAAAGAUCUUCAUGCGCGAGAGCGAGCAGACCAAGCUGGAGUACCGGCUGCACCAGCAGAUCAUGGCGUCCAUUAUCACCAUCCAGCGCUGGUUCCGCGCCGUGCUUGAGCGCCGUCGCUUCCUCGCGCUGCGCCGCGCCUCCAUCGUCAUACAGUCCUACUGCAGGCAAUGGCUGGUAGCAAGACAAGAAGCAGCAGUAAAAGUGCAGGCGUGGUUUCGAGGCAGCCGCGUGCGACGGUGGUACACCCGACUUCGAGAAGGCAUCAUCGCCUUCCAAGCCGCGGCCAGAGGAUACAUACUCAGGAAAACCCUACCCGAGUUAAGAAGACGACUGCCACCUGUGAAGCUUAGAGAGCAUGACAGUAAGCCGCACGAGGGGGACGGGUACAAGCCACGCCCGCCCAGCAUCGAGCAGUUGAAGAAUAUUAUCGACAUACAACUGAACAUGCUUAUCCAAGAAGAGGCGGAGAAGACCCGACAACUGCGCGCUACACAGUCCCUGCCUAUUGCCAGCAUCGAGAAGAAGCGCGAAAACAUAAUACUAGAGAGUUCGGCCGCACAGACGUAUGGAAAGAGAAGAGUGAGCAAGACGCAAAACAUCACAGAACUACCAUUGAAGCAGGCUAGUAGCAAUGUAAUCCACCAAGAAGCGAGUGAAUCGUCACCAGACGAGAGCUGGAGCGUGAACACGUCCAAGUACCCGCAGACGGCGGUCGCGCUGCCCAACAAGAUCACGCCGGAAGACCUCGCCAACGAACUGCUGUGGCUGCGGAUAGACCAGAACUACCUUAUGGCUGAGAAGAAUAAGAUUCGGGAAGAAAGAGAGCUAGCGGAAUCAAUAGCGAGCAGUAGCGAGGAGUAUCUGCGACAGGUCGGCGACUGGACGUCCGCGGAUACCUCCGAGACCAACCGGACUGGCUCCAGGCGGGGCUCCCCGCAGGUGUACCAGCGCAGCCUGUCGUCCACGACGCUGGAGCCGGCGCGCGGCCUGCUCAGCUUGCCGCCCGUGAGGCGCGACCCGCGCUCCACGCACCUAACACCCGACUCCAACACUAAUAACACAGCGUGCGUGGCCCUGCAGCGCGCGGUGGAGCCGGCGCCGCGCGUGCCGCCCGCGCCGCCCGCGCGCUCCUCGCGCCGCUCGCCGCGCCGCGCCGCGCACGACCGCAGCGACCGCACUGACGCGCCCGCGCCGCCCGACCACCACGACAUCAAACGAGCGGCAUCGGAGCUCAUAGCCCCGCUGGAGGCGCUGCCCGCGCUGCCGCGCUCGGCGCCGGCGCCCGAGUCGCUGCGGCGCCGCAACUCCGACCCCGCGCCCGCGCCGCUCGAGCCGCGCGCGCCCGACCCGCGCUCCACCGACUACAUCGGCCAGACCGGCAACGGACUCUUCCGCAUCGCUGGACACAGAUUUCGCAAAGGCACAAGAUUCUCAAAGGACGACAAGUGCGUGUACUGCCACCAAGCGAUUGACGCGUUCAUCACUCAGGGCCAGCGCUGCAUCGACUGCAAGCAACUCUACCACACGAAGUGUAUUCAGAACAAGGGCGUGAUCACUAUGCCUUGCUCCAGCCCGGUCACCGUCGCCACGCGCGGGCGGCACAAGAACAGGAAGCGAAUCAUACUCAAAGACUCAGCGUUAAACCUCAUCCCGGACUCGAAAGGUCCAGUCAGCUCCAACUUCAGUUUGACCGGGACGUCCGAGUUCAUGGACCGUACGGACAAGAUCAUAUCCGACGCGACCGAGCUGCAAGCGAUGCAGAACUUCAUCACCAAGAAGAUUUAUCAGAUGGAAUCCACUGAGAACGAAAACCGAAAACAGUCAGAGGUGGACAGAGUAUUCAAGCACGCACUACGCGAGUUCAAAGACAACUUGGUGGCGACGUACAGCGUGGUCGAAACCCGAGGCUCUGCCCUUAAGUACAAGGACUUGAUCGGCAACUUUCUGCACGUGAUGGAGACUGUCUGCGCCAGAGAGGGAUCCACGCUCUCCAUCACAAUGGGGGUGAACGCCUUCCGCGGCUUCAUGGAUGAAUUCAUGAGCCAACACGAAACUGAUAAGGCACGAACGAAGAGGAAAAAGGAUAAGAAACGAAAGGUGGAUGACCCGAUCCAGUACAAGGGGCAUACGUUCAUCCUGUCGAUGAUCAACAUCCCGACGGAAUGUGAGAUCUGCAAGACGUUCUUCAUGUGGCCCAUCGAGCGCUCGCUCAUCUGCCAAACUUGCCGGCUCGCCUCGCACAAGAAGUGCUAUAUGAAGGUGACCACUCAAUGUCGGAAGGACAGUUCGACGCCUUCCGCGGCCAUAGUCGGAGUGCUGGACGCGGGCGGACGGGAGCAGUAUGGUGUUGUCAAGAGAGGAAAGGUGUUCGGAAUGCCUCUGGGCGAGCUGCCGACGGGUGAUAGCAACAUUCCGGUGGUGGUGGACCGGCUGAUCACCACCAUAGAGAUGACCGGACUCUACACGGAGGGACUUUACAGGAAGAGUGGGCUUAGUUCUAAGGUGCGCGAGCUGCGGCGGCUGCUGGACGAGCGGCCCGAGGAGGGCGUGGAGCGGCUGGACCUGUACGCGGUGCACGUGCGCGCCUCCGUGCUCAAGUCCUUCUUCCGCGAGCUGCCCGAGCCGCUGCUCACCUUCGACCUCUACGACGACUUCAUACUUGCCGCCGAGAUCUCCGACCCACAGGAGCGCGUCUCGACCAUAUUCACAAUACUGAAGAAACUACCCAAACCUAACUUCGAUCUAGUCGAGAGAUUGAUAUUCCACCUGGCGAGAGUGGCCCUAGGUGAAGAUCAUAACCGGAUGGGUCCAAACGCGCUGGCAAUCGUGUUUGCGCCGUGCAUCCUGCGCACACACAAGGUGCAGCCGGCGCAGGACUCGCUGCACGACAUCGCGCGCCAGACCGCCUGCCUCGAGGCGAUACUUGUCGACAAGAUGCGCACUGUUCGCGGCAUGCUGCAAGACAUAGCGACGCUAGAAAGCGCAUGCCACACGGCGACCACGCGGCUGUCGUCACUCCGCGCCACCAGCCACACCCCCCAGACAGAAGAACAGACACUCAAGAGCCACCUCGUCGUGCUGCAGAGAGAGAAGGCCGCGCUUACCUGCAACCUGCCCUCGCUCAUCAGAGCGACGUCAGACGACGACCUGCUGUCGACGACGGACCACGAUGGCGAAUUCGGCAGCACAGACGACCUAAGCGCCGGCGCCGCCUCCCUGCGCUCGCAGCGGCUGCUGCAGCGCCAACUAUCAUCAGAUGACCCCAUCAUGGUCUGAGCUGCCACAUCUACUAGACUUCUACUCCACGCCCCGAAUGGGUAGUGUCCCUGGUCAAAGAUAAAGGGACUUGGGAGUGAAAAAGUAGCAGUGAGAAUUUCAGCUAAAAAAGUAAUAUUGCUAUUUGCCAUUUGUUUUAUAUAACAUACAUAUUCUCAUGUGUACAAAUGUCAAAUAGAAAAAUUAUUUUGAAUAUGAAAUGUUGUAUGCCCCCAGGUUUAAUAAAUUAAAAACAUCUUAUUUCGUUAGAAGUUCGAUAUUCAUCACGUUUUUCUUUGACCUCAUAUCGUGCGUUUUAAACUUGACUUAGUACCUUAUUUGACUAGUUGGACACUGCCCUAAUGUCUCGAACUCCGGGAAAAUAACCCGAAAUAGAUAGUCUCCCGAUAGACCAUUGUCUUCCCGAUAGCGACGUAACCCUCUUGCCAUUUACGUACACAGCGAGGCCACACAUUUGAGAUUAAGUUACGACGAUACUAUUGUUACAUCAAGAUUAAACCUGAGCAGAGUAUAUUCUCAGUGCGGUUAUAUUAUAUUACUUAGUGUUAGUGAUGAGCUUAUUCCUGUAGAGUACUGAGAGUACGCCCCAGCCCCGAGGUCUCCGGGUGUGUCCAAAUACAUUGAUGUAUAUGAUAACUAUUUUUCGUACGUGGAUAUAUAUAACAUCUUUGAACUGACAUUAUAUUUUAUGAUAUAUUUUUCUCUUUGUAAAUAUGUAAAUCUUGUCUUAAUUGUGAUUUCAAAACUAGCAAUAUUCUUUCUUUAGAUUUUUAUCGGUUGAAUGUGUUCCAAGAUGCCUUUAGUUGGGUAAUGAAUUCGUUUAGGUGACUACGUGUCUAUUGUGAUGAUUUUAUUGGUUUUCGAGUAGAUAGUAAGCAUUUACAAUUAUAUUGGAGUCACUAAAUUGUUAAUGGUCAUUCCAAACGCAUUUUAUUUAAGGCCCUAUGAUGCGUUCAUUGUAUUUGUUAUGAUAAAAGUUUAAAUAAUGCAUUGAAAGCAUUAAUAGCAAAUCAAUUCAAAAAUAUUUAUCUGUUUCCUAAUUUUAAUUAUUCUAAAUUUAUACCUUCCGCUUACGGUGCAUGAGUGGUAUUUUCUGUUUUAUGUUUCGUUGUAUUUUUUUUUAUAUUUUAGGUCAAGACAUUCUCUAAACAUUUUAAGAACCAUGACAUAGAAUUUGUUCGCUCUCCGGUUGCCAUACAUUUUUAUAUAAAUGGAUAAAAACAAAUAUGUUUGCCAAUGUCUGUUUCCGUAAUUUUGCUUUCAAUUUCUAAAAGACUGUCUAUUGAUAAGCUAUUGAAUUUAUUGUUAAGUCACAAAUGUUUUACCCGCUUUAUAUUAGUUCGUAAUUAUUUACUAUCAGACAACGAAUAUCUCUGUGACAACUUUAAAUAUCUUUUAUGAAAUGAACCUCUAACCGUGCCUAUAGAGGUAUUUUAUAGCUCAAUUUUUUACGUACUCGGUUCAAUGUUUCUACAAUUUUAUGACAGCCACAGAAACUGUUGGAAUCUCACGGGGAAACCGUUUUCUAUGUAAUGUUACAAUAACCUACAACACUUUCUUAUAUGUAUAACAGUAAAAUGUCGUAUACAAGUUCCUUAUUAUUUUUAGCUACUUAUUGAAAGUGUGAUUGCGUAUGCUUCGUCGAGGUGCCGAACAAACAUUACGUAAAUGUAUUAGCUGUUGACUUCUCAUUGAUUGGGGUUGUGUCGCAGUAAUCUACUGUAUUUUCUGUGCCUUCAACUAGUUUGCUUUCAGCAGUCCACGUCUAUGAAAGUGUAGCUGUUACUGUUGUCUUUUACAUAUGUUAGAACCCUUGUAAUAUUAGUGUUGUUAGAGUCAAACAAUCAAAUAUUUAGGCCACGUAUUUCAAAGUGUUAUAGACGUUGUUUUGUAUAGUGGUCAUGUAAUGGUAUUGUAUCACUGUUUUAGGUCCCCAUCAAAAUCAUACUCAUAACUCGAUGUAAGUUUCUAUGUAAAUGAAUGUGCAAUGUGGCUACAUCUAGGUACAUAUUACCAACACUUUAGAAGUGUGUGUAGAUAAUGUUGCGAGUUCCAUAUAAGCAUUAUGUAAAUACCUUAGUUUUUAUGCAAUUUUAGCCAGUUACUUUUAUCUUAGGAACUGCUAACAUUUUACUUGAUUGUUUAAUUUCUACAAGUGCCUCUCGUAUUGAUUCGGUUUUACUGUACUUUCCACUGGUGCCUAUUAGGAAAUGGACCUGUUUUUAAUUUGAAUGAAAUUCAACUUUUCAUUAUUCAUUGUCUGUUGAUUUUGGAAAUUACAUACUUCCUAAGUUUUAAGCGUGUACUUAAAUUUUAUUCAGAAUUCAUUAAAUAGCUAUAUUUAUAUAUACGGUAUAGUUUGAGACAAUGUCAUAGAUUUACGAAAGUUGUGCUGUUAGCAUGUUGUUGUGGUGUGGUUACUAUUCUUGCUAGUUCUGGCGCUAUGAAAUUUUCGACAUGAUAUUACUUGGAUAUUUCUACAGCUGAACUUUGUUUAUCAACCUAUGUAGAUGUAUUUGCUAAGGACCAAUACUAUGCCGUUUACACAUUGUCAUUUUAUAAUCCUGUAUGUUAUUUGACUGUGAAGUUUGUCCUACAUGAUAAUCAUUAAUGAAUCUUGUAAUAUAAUAACAUGUAUAUUGUUCAACUUAUUUUUAGGGCUCCUAUAAUGUGUCAAUAUAAUGAAAUGUAACCAAAACUGUAUACAAACUAUAAAAAUAAACAAUUGCUGUGGAGUUGUA